AAACACCUGUGUUGUACCUCAAAAUACUUUACAGUCAGAACAGCGCCUUAACGUCAGUUUUGCGCAUCGCAUUCUUUUUUGUUAAGAGGUGUAUUUUAUUUACUAGCUGUCAGCGAUAAAAUAAAGCCAUUAUCAACAAUGUUCUUCCGUUGCCUACGAGGGCGUUUUGGCAGAAUUUUUGCGUUGGUUUUCUUCGUGCUUGCAGUUUUGGAGGCAACAGAGUUCGAGGGUCGACCCCAGAAGAUGCGGGAGAUUCGGGCAACCCUGGUUGAUUUGGCCUGGAAGGGAAGGACCUACCUGGGCAGGCUGGUCGGGGAGCAGACGUAUCUGUCAGUGGAGAAGGAUUUCUCUCAGGUUAUAGGUGUGGUUGCUGAAAGUGUGGCUAAUCAUCUAAAUGCAGUACUACAGUACAGCUCACAAUUCCUGCAGGCUAAUGAAAUUCAAGUUGAUCUCCCCAUCAGCAAAGUCACCCCAGAAGGACUGAUCUUUAUUGCACAGUGGCUUCUCAAGGUUCUUUUGUGGUACUGCUUAAUUUCUCAUGCCUUCCAGUUGAUUGGUUGGUUGCUUGUACGGCUGCUGAGACUCAUGCUAAAGCUGCUGAGAGUCAUGGUGGCUUGCUUGCUUCCAGGCUGGUCGGGAAAAUUGCUGGCCUGGAGGAGCAAGUUGAAAUCCUGGCCAAACUUGAAGGGGGGAAUAAAAUUGAAAAGAAAAGAAGAGCAGCCAAAAAAAUUGAUUGAAAGAUUGAAAUCCCCCAGCUUAUCUUUACCCAAAAGUUGAAUAGAAGGACCCAACAUUCGACCUUUGUAACGGAAAAGUGUUAAAACAGUUUAUUUACUUGUGUUUUUGCUAAUAGUUAAUCGUGCUUAAUUCUAAUCAUAGUAUAAUAAAGGAUAAAUCUAAUCAAUAUGAUGAGUAAGAUUAUGUUAUUUGAAUAAUGAAAUAAUUUUGAUUCCUUGCUUUUUCACCUAGAUUGUGGGAGCAUUGUUAUGACUAUAGUGCAUCCUUGGCUCUUUCUUUGUGAGUGAGUGUGUAAGAUUGUAAAAGACAAAGAAAUGUGAGAAUGGCUGAUUUCACCAUGUAUGAUUAGGAAAGAAGUCUUAUUGAGUACAUUGUGAUUAACACAGUCAUAAAGAGAAAAAGUAUGUUUAUAUGUGAUUGAGCUAAUGAGAAAUUAUGUUGAAAUAAAACAGCAUAUAAACUGAAUGAGACAUGAUGAAGAGCAUAUUCAUGUGUGGCUGAGCUACAGCAUAUAAAUGUACAAUGAAAUACAGUAUAUGUAUGAGAAAAUGUAACCACUGAAAUGAAUGAUUAAACUUUUCUUUAGUUAAUCUGUCUGAAAGGUUAUAGAGAGAGAACAAGAGGGUGUGGCUUAACUUUGAGACAAUGUGAAUGUCAUGUGGGCUGAUGGUGGUGUUAAAGAGGGGAAGCAGAGAUGAGAACAACAUGUAUAAUAAUCACAUGCAGAUGGAAUAAGUUGUUUUUUGUUGGUCGAGUGGAGAAUUAGAAGACCUUGGAAUUCACAGUUAGGAUUUUCUGCAAGAAUCCCAGAGAAUUGAACCUUCUUUUUCCAAACCACUGUGGAUUAUAAAUUGGAUUGACUAUUUUUGGGAUUUACUCUGCUCACUGUCACCAUGUUGGAUUGGAACUUUGUACAGAGUUCUCUCUCUUUGAAUGUGUGUCAUCCUGCAUGGUAGGGAGGAGACUGCAUCUGUUGCUGAGUGUUCUCUCUCUUCUCUUCUACAACAACAUCAAGAUCAGUAGUAGAUAUUUAGCAGCAAUUUAGACUUGAUUAUUAUUAAUUAUUAUAAUUUUUUAUAAAUUUUAAGAUGUUUUGAUUGUUAUCAUCUUGUUGAGCUGUUUGUUUUGCUCCAGGUAAAAUUGCUUAAUUAAAAUAUCUUUUCUGCCAUUAAAGUUAA